GAGCCGACUGACCAAUAAACAAUCGUCUCAUUGGCUUAAUCUGCGCAGGCUCACAACCCACCGGAUUUCUAUUGGGCCUUUCAAGCAGAGCGGAGGCGUGCCUCCCGGGGCUCCGCCCCGCGCUUCGACCCAGCCUCGGGGUCCAGGGCUGAGGCAGCGGGACGGAAGUGAGCGGGUCCCGCCCCUUCCCGCUCUGGCUUUCGUCGGAGCGGUCGCCUCAGCCGCUGCUGCCUGCCGUCCGGCGAGCCGGAGUCUCCGUGCUGUACCUCGGUCCCCGGCCGCACGGAGCCGGGAUGCACUGCUCCUGCUGUGGGUCCUCAUCAUGGAGACCAAACGGGUGGAGAUUCCCGGCAGCGUCCUGGACGAUCUCUGCAGCCGAUUUAUUUUGCAUAUUCCCAGCGAGGAAAGAGACAAUGCAAUCCGAGUGUGUUUUCAGAUUGAACUUGCCCAUUGGUUUUACUUGGAUUUCUACAUGCAGAACACACCAGGAUUACCUCAGUGUGGGAUAAGAGACUUUGCUAAAGCUGUCUUCAGUCAUUGUCCAUUUUUGCUGCCUCAAGGUGAAGAUGUGGAAAAAAUUUUGGAUGAAUGGAAGGAAUAUAAAAUGGGAGUACCAACAUAUGGGGCAAUUAUUCUUGAUGAGACACUUGAAAAUGUACUACUGGUUCAGGGGUACCUAGCAAAAUCAGGCUGGGGAUUUCCAAAAGGAAAAGUAAAUAAAGAAGAAGCUCCUCAUGAUUGUGCUGCUAGAGAGGUCUUUGAAGAAACUGGUUUUGAUAUCAAAGACUAUAUUUGUAAGGAUGAUUACAUUGAACUGCGAAUCAAUGACCAACUUGCUCGUUUGUACAUCAUUCCAGGAAUUCCAAAAGACACAAAAUUUAAUCCAAAAACCAGAAGAGAAAUUCGGAACAUUGAGUGGUUCUCCAUUGAGAAAUUACCCUGUCACAGAAAUGAUAUGACCCCAAAAUCCAAACUUGGUUUGGCACCUAACAAAUUUUUUAUGGCCAUUCCCUUUAUCAGGCCAUUAAGGGACUGGCUUUCUCGAAGAUUUGGGGAUUCUUCAGACAGUGACAAUGGAUUUUCCUCAGCAGGUGGCACACCAGCUAAACCCACAGUGGAAAAACUGAGUCGAACCAAAUUCCGCCACAGCCAGCAGUUAUUUCCUGAAGGUUCUCCUGGAGACCAAUGGGUGAAGCACAGGCAGCCAGUGCAGCAAAAGCCAUACAAUAACCAUUCUGAAAUGACUGAUCUUUUAAAAGCAAAGAAUCAGAGUAUGAGGGGAAAUGGCAGAAAACAGUAUCAAGACUCACCUAGUCAAAAGAAAAGAACAAAUGGGACCCAUAGUCAACCAGCCAAGCAGCAGAAUCUGUUGAUGAAAUGUGAGAAGAAACUGCAUCCACGAAAACUUCAGGAUAACUUUGAAGCAGAUGCUGUGUAUGACUUGACUUGCUCCAUUGAAGACCAGUUGCUAGAACAUCCUGAGGAACAGUCUGUGGCAUGUAAUGGACAUUGCAAGUUCCCCUUUUCGUCUAGAGCUUUUUUGAGUUUCAAGUUUGACCAUAAUGCGAUAAUGAAAAUCUUGGACCUUUGAUGGCAGCAGAUGUAUUGUAGAAGUCUCAAGAUCAGAGACCUGUUGCAUUUGAGCGGGUGUCUCCUCAAGCCUUACCUUUCUCAGGUGUUUUAAAGAAAUGCAGGGAGGCAGUGUUUCUGAAGUUUUUUCUUUUUUCCCGAAGAGAAAGUAGAAAUGAAUUUGCACUGUAAAUGCAGUUAUAACCUUUUAUCCGGUUUUACCUUUUCAGUGUUUGGAACAAGUUUUAAAUUGGUUUUUUUUGGAGGGCAUUUGUUCUGUGUGACUGUGGGUCUUAUUUUGUAUUCUGAUCAAGAAAAAAGUAUUUGAGUCACCAAUAAGUAGCCAAGUUAAUGAGAAGGUUCAUUUACCCAGUGCAGUGAUUGCAGUAGUAGUUUACUUAUCUGAGAUUUCCAAAGGAAACAACAUAUCCACUAGGUGAAUGAACGUAAGCACUAAGAUGUCACACCUGUCAGUACUGCCGCUCCUCUCUUGGGUGGCAUUUGGUCCUUUCUCUGUGUCUAACCAGUGAGGCUCUCUAGGACUCUGGCGUGGAGUUUUGUUGAAGGGAUUUAUUUAGAACCAGCAUCUGUACUGUAAUCAUGCGGAAAGGGAAAUCUUAGUCCUUUAUAAACACGAAAUCUGAAGCCUGAGAGGGAUUAUGUUGAUGUGGAGUUGAUGAUGUCAUUUUGAAUUGUGCUGCAUGCAGUCAGUGAAGCUGUGGAUGCUAAGCAGAGAGCACGAGGCAAGGGCCAGCAGUUACUUUGGGUCAUGUCUUCACCAUCUUGCCUGCCUUUGGUUUUGUACAGUGCUUUUGUUCUUAUGAAAAUUUACAUAUACCAGUUGUGUAAAUAUGUAUGAAAAACAGAGAUUAUUAGUUUUACAUUGCAUAUCAGUGUUGAUUAUAGAAAAUGAUGUUCUAUUGGGUUCCAAUUUACAGUAGUGGUAGAGAAUGACAUGCUCUUAUGGCAGACUGAGGCCCCUGGACGAUGGAGUCAGAAGGCAUGGGGUACGCAGUUUACCUAAGUUCAGAUAAAGCAUUUCGCUAGGGAAAAACCAGAGCAUGGAAGUAACACACACAACUCAAUCCUACGAAUGUAUUUUGCUCCUUCAGGAUUCUUAAAUCCAAAUAAAAAUGGCAAUGACCAUUUUAAGAAGGAUUUCAGCUAUAAUUAAGGACAAUCACCGGAGCUUUAAGGAGGCAUUACUUUUUUUGGCUGCAUCUGACCUCGUGGGGGAGGGGAGACGGAGUGUUUGAUGUAUGUGUGUGACUGUCAUGUGAGUUUUAAAAAUCUUUUUACAAGUGGUAUCCACAAAAAUAUAUCUGCUUAUAAAUGUUACUGUAGAAAUCUUUAUUCUCUAUAGGUGGCCCUCUGGGACUUUUAAAAGAAGGGCUAUUGUAAGGAAUUCACUUGGUAUUGCUACUUUGCUUUAGCUUUUAAGUGACUCGAUUUUAAAAGAGAAAUUUUAUUUAUUAUUGAAAGUGUCACUGUUGGUGCUAAGCAGAAUUCAUAAUUACAGCAGUGCGUUUAGAGUUAGGUGUCCAUAACCCUGUAUCUUUUAACAUGACUAAUUCGUGAAUCCUGUGACCUGUGCUUUUUAAUGCAUUACAUGAUUGUAUCUGAAAGUUCUUUGUUCUUCUCAGAAGUACAGCUGCUCUGCUCGGGUCUCCUUGAGCCAUAUUUGUAGUUGGUCCCACCAUUCCAGAUUUCUGUUUAAUUUUUAAGGGAAUGAAAUCUUUGCCUAACAGAUAAAUCAUUUUUACUUAUUUACUGUUGUCUGGAAAGUAUUUGAUUUUUAGGGUUUUUUUUUUAACACAUGACUUUUUAAAAAAUGAAUACUUUUGGUCAGUCUUUUUGGUGCCUGUGGAGUUAGAUUUUUCAGCCCCCAAUACUAAAAAGCGAAAGAGAUUAGUUACCAGAAGUAUGGUUUCUAAUGUGGCUAAGCGUUUUCAAGAACCAACCAAUUAUUGUUUUAAUUACAGUAGUUAUUACUGUUGUGCUGCUUCAUUUAAUGCACUGUGGAACAAACUAAGGUUAUGGUUGGGAUGCAGUUAUGAUAACUUCAGGCUUUUAACUCUCUUGACAGGUUGAGAUUAAACAUGUUAAAAGUGUGUAUGAUGUGACUUAACUAUGCAGAAUAAAUGUUUAAGUGGAUGUACCUGUUUUAUGUACAUCUGUUUUACUGCUUUUCAGUGUUCAGGUUACCUUGAGAUACGCCAUGCUUAGCACAAGACUAGAUGUUUUUGUUUAAAAUACUUUGGCAUGGUUUGAGGAAAUCAUAUGAUAAAGAAGUAUGCUGAAUAUGCAAUAACUUACUUCUGUUGAGUGCUGCAUUUUAAAAAUCUAGAGAAAAGUAGUUACAGUUUCAUUAUUUUUAUGUGUUUGAGUGAGAUAGAUCUUUAAAUUCUCAUUUUAAAUGUUCUUAUGUUCCAGCCAUAUAUGUUCCAAAGUGCAGUGCACUGUGAAUCUUGUUUUUUAAAACUUUGUAGGUGCUUUUAUGUAUAACUUUAAUGAUUUAUAGGCUGUUAAAUGAAUUGUUUUUGUAUUUAAUCAUUGUGAUCCAAACAGUAAGGAUGCAGUUUACAUGCUUUCUACAAAAAAAAAAAGAGAAAAAAAUGUAAGAAAUAGAUGGUUUUAAGAUUUGAUGUCUUCCUGAGACAUGAGCAUUUGAAGAGGUCUGAGAACCUACUAGACCUUUGGUAGCAAAGGUGAAAUUUGAUUAAAGAUGUUAAAAAAUUAAGCUCAAGUUUUGUGUUUACAUAUAUUUAUAUAAAGGAUAAAGCCUUCCAGUGCUGUCAGAGAAUUUUUGCUUACUGCUUGUUCUGACCUUUGAAUAUCAUUAUUUUUGUAUUAAGUAUCAGUAAGUGCAGAUAACAAAGAUACAUAAUGAUUUCAUGCUACAAGAUUGGGUUGUACUUAAUUUAGCUUUAGUACUUUAGUACUUUGUAUUGUCUUUUUAUUCAAGAACUCAAAUUAAAUGAAUGACAUCCUUCCAUCGUAGGAAUUAAAUUCCAUUAUAAAACUCAACAUUCUGUCUUCUCUAGAAAAGUUAGAUGUGUGUGCGUUACGGUCAGUUUGACUUCCUAUUCCCUUACUGCUGCCUUUGUCUGUAUCUCUCCCUCUCUCACCUUUAACAUUUACAAUACUUACAGUAAGGAGAGCAAAAUUAACUAUAAAAAAUUACUUUUUUUUAAAUUUAAAAAUUAGACUUUUUGCCAAGUUGUUUUUCUUACUGUGAUGCCUCUCUUGGCUUUUAUCUUUUCUUUGCAUCAGUGAACCUCCUUGCUCAGAGACUUUGUUUUCAAUGACAUUCACUGUGUGUUUGGAUUCUCUGAGGCAGUAUUUUCUUUGUAUAUUACACUCAUAAUUACGAUCAUUAAUACUAGGUCUUUGUGACUUUGACUUCAGUUAUCUUCCAGCUUGGGGAAGGAUCUCAAAUGUAUUAUUAUAACUUUAAAUUGAUGAUAAGCAAAACAAAGCCAUUAUUUUGCUGAGGUAUUCUUUUCCUUUAUACACCCGUCUAUGGGUCAACAUUAGUAAAACUACCGUUGUGGUAAACCUUGUUCCUGACAGCUUGGUGAAGCCUGGGUAGAAUUUCUCAUGUUACGUCCCAGGAUUUUAAAGUGCAGUACAUAGUUGCCAAAAAUUCUGAAAAGAAGCUUAUGAUGGAACUUUUGUGCAUCUUUUUCCCCCUAGAAUUGAAUUACUCUUGAGGCCUGUACCCUUGGGCCCGAAGGCAGCAGGUUGCAAAUGGUUCAUCUCAAGCUUCAUCUCAUGCUAUAUUCAGAAAAUAACGACAAAUUACUAUUUUAAAACAAAAGUUCCCAUUUGAAAAGAGAAGAUAGCUAUAGUUGUGGGGAGGAAGAGUCUAAAGAGCAAAUUGUACAAGAUGUAUCAAAACUCAAGCUGUGUGAUGCACCUGACAGAAAUGUGAUCAUUGCCUGGUUUAGGCAUAGUCUAAUAUAUAUGAUCAUUGCCAAAUAUUUUCGAUCCCUGAAGGAAGUGGGGUUUUCUCUAGAUAUGACUGCCUAGAUAUGACUGCCAAGCAAUUCAGUGAGUCAGAAGUCGUUUUCCUCACUUUGGAGACCAGCGUUUGGGAGCCUGGUUCUCCCUGUGCUGAUCGCCACAGAAGUAAGUGCAGCCACGCUGAAGUACACAGAUAACCCAGAGCACGCAGAGCCAGCUGUGGGCAGCCACGCACUUGUCCUGAACGGCAACUUGUUGCUCAUCAGCUACUUUCUUUGUGACAAACUGCAAUUAUUGCUCACAUAGCAGUCUGUAGCUGUGGAAGAGUGGAGCUGUUGUGAAUGGGAGUGGACUUUGUGCUCCUACUUCAACGUGAAAUACAGGGAAAUGUUCAUAAUGGAGUGUACUCUGGGUCCCCAGAUUCAUAAUAUCACCAAUAACAAGAUUUCAUUUCCUUUAGUUCUGCAGUUAGCAGAAGAGAUGGCUUAUCCGUAUCAUAGCAGCUUGAAAGCACAAUCUAAAAGAGACCAGCCUUUCCUAAGGUGUUGUAUUAGCUGAGCGAUGUUACUUAAGGGUGCUCUGAGGAAAGAGACUGAAUGCAGAAGUAGUUGUGGGUGGUGUGACUUUGUCUGCUUAGCAUACUUCACUAGAAGAGUUAAGGCCCUAAAUAUAUAUUUAGGAGGUACACAGUUGGCUUUUUUUUUAAUGACCAGUCUUUUGAGUGCUAUGUUUAAAGACUUCCUUCCUAAUACUUUUUCUUAGUCUGUUAGGCCAGGAAGAAGCUAGUAAGUCCUGGUUUUGUUUUGUUUUGGGUUUCCUAAUGAUUUGUCCCUUCUUGGAACACCCAACACCCUGUGUUUUCUUUUUUUCUGUGGUAUCCCUGACAGUGGUAUCAACCACUGUCAGAAUUUGCAAGUAGUGAUUUGCCUUCUGGAGAAGGUGACUUCAGUUUGACCGUUGGGCCACAAACAGGGCUGUGUACACCUGUGUUCUUGUGGCGCUCAGUGCACGUAGCUGUCAGAUUGGUUUGAGAACAGAGAAAACUGUGGUUUUAGGGUAAAAUGGAAUUUUACCCUAAAUUUGACCAGUAUUUGCUGGUCUUUGCGGGGUCUUCUUAGCAUAGUGGACUUUUUGAGGUAGGUAACAUUUUAAUCUACUUUUAGUGAAUCCACAAUUCUAAAACAAUAUAGAUACACACACUGGCAAAAUAUUUGGGGCACAACUCUACAUUGUCGUAUCUCAAGCUUUAAGAAAUUAACACAUGCCUUUUUGUAAUAUUUAGGAAUAAAUUAUGAGUGGCAGCAAAUGAAAGCAAAGUAAAGGUUCUCAACUGAAUGAAAUUUAGAAAAGUAAUCACUAUUCCUCAGCCGUUUGGUUGAUGUUACUACUUUUGGAACAUGAGUAGCAGUGGACUUGCGUUCUCCAUGCACUGAUAGAAAAGCACAGAAGACGCAUCUGUGAGAAUUCCUGCAUUUCACUACUGUCCUAGGACACUGCUGUCUCUGUGUUCAUUUUAGGUUUAUGUGUGGAUGUUGCACAAGUAACGAUCAAAUGUCAAGUACAAGUGUCUAAAGAAGUAGGACUUUAAUUUCCCUUUUCAUUUAAAGUUAGAACAGGAGAUGGCUAAUCUCACACUCACAAUAUUAUUUUUCUUCAGUAUCAAAUAGAAAAGGACAAUAAACCAUGAACUGUUUUGAUUUACAUUUUUUUCUUAUAUUUUUGAUGUUUGCUUACUAUCUUAAAACCUUAUUGUACUUAAAAAGAAACUUUGUUAAGUACUGAUUUAUCCUAGAUCUAUGUACAGUUCAGAUUUAAUUUUGUGUGUUGGCUUUAAUGAAACUUUGAAAGCAUCUUAUUUCAGAGUGAUUAAUCAAAUAAAGUGUUUAUAUAUUAGUUAAAGUGAAAUAUCUUAAAGAUUGUCUUUCAUCUAACCAAAAUAGUGCAUAGUUUAGUUUGAAAGGAAAUAAUUGGUUUUUUUAUACACUGUGCCUAUUUCUAAAGAUUUGGUGGCUUUUUACAUUGUUGUGAAAACUAGAUAAUGCUUAUGGAAGAUAGUCUUAAACAAUUUGGUAGUAAAUUUUAGUCUGAAAAAUAGGUAUUUAUGCUGAUUUAUGUUGAGUUAUUUUUGUGAGAUAUGAAAGUGGAAGGUAAAAAUUGAUGAAAUGGUUUUGCUAAAUAUAUGAAAAAUGAGACGUAUGACUAUAUAAGAAGUGAAAAGAACUUUAGAGUAAAUGUGAUAUUUUGAUAGAUUUGUAAACUUUAUUUCUCCAGUAAUUUUGUGUUAUGUGAAAUCACUUAACAUUUAAGUUUUGCUUAAAUUAUAGCAGCGUUUUAUUACUUUACCUUUCAGGGCAUUUUAAUGCCUGUGGAAAGACUGUAUAAGUAAACCCUUCAAGUGGUUCUGUCUACAGUAGCAAUAAAGUUCUUGCUGGUUUUUUCAGUUGUCAAGCAGAGCCAAUAAAGAACCCCAAAAUACCCAUUGAGUUUACCUUGUAGUUACAAGGAUUGAAACCUUUAAAACAGAUUUACUUCUGGAUUUAUUACACAGUGGUUCAACAAUAGCUUUGCCUUUUCCCCUCAGUAUUAAUAAAAGGAGUUGAGGACUGAUUUUAACUUAUCUUGGGUAUAACUAUCACAAAUAAAAGAUUUCAAGUGACUCAUGUUUCUGAAUUGAAAUUUUAGUGUUUGCAAGAGCAGUACACUUCCAAAGACUUGGAGAUGUCCACUGAAAAGAUGAAUAAAGUCCAAUAUCUUAAUGGUUUUUGUGCUCUAAACUUUUGUAAGCUUUUUGAUGUAAAUAAUACCAAUUUAGAAACUAAAAACUCUUAUCAAAUACAAUUAUGAAAGGUUGCUCAAAUACUGGUUUUUUCGUAAAAACCUUAUUCUGUUAAAUUUAGGCAAUGGAAUACCAAUAAAAUUGGCUGCUUGGGUAGUUUUACCAUCCCAACUUCUGCUACUGUUAGUUGCUACUUAUUAUGCAUUGAGUUACUUGUAUUUUGGUUACUGUCUCUGGACCAAUAAAAAAUAGCGACUAUGA